GGAAAGAGCCAAGAAAAGAACCUCUUUCUUUGUGGAGAGAGAAAGAGAGAGAGAGGGGGUUUGUUUGGUUCCUGGGAAUCUGAUCGAACCAUCUUUCCCUCCCCCUUCUUUUCCUUUUUCCUCUUUCUUUUCCGAAUCAUUUUCUCUGCUCAACCGAAGAAGAAGAAGAAGAAGAGGAAAGAGAAGGAAGCUUCGAGAAAACGCCGAGAAAGUUUAGAAAGAAAGGAAAUCCCCGAAAAAAUCCCAAUUUUUGCGAUUAAGUUUUUUUUUUUUUUUUUUUUUGAAUUUCUGAUAUUUCUAAGAAGUAAUGGAUUUGGAGAGCAUUGAAUGUGUGUCAUCCUCUGAUGGUCUGGACGAGGAUGAUAUCCAUCAGCACCAUAAUACUCUGCAUCCCCAUCCCCAUCCUCAUCCUCAUCCUCAUCAGCACCAUUCCGAUUUCUCUUCUUCAAAGUCUCGCUCCAAUGCCACCAGCAAUUCCACCAUCACCGGGCCCACCGCCAUUGCUCCCGCCACCAGCGUCCACGAAUUGCUCGAAUGCCCUGUCUGCACCAACUCCAUGUAUCCGCCAAUCCAUCAGUGCCACAAUGGACACACCUUGUGCUCCACCUGUAAAACAAGGGUACACAACCGGUGUCCCACUUGUAGGCAGGAACUUGGGGAUAUUAGGUGUUUGGCCCUUGAGAAGGUUGCCGAGUCACUUGAACUGCCCUGCAAGUAUUACAACCUUGGAUGCCCCGAAAUAUUUCCCUACUACAGCAAACUUAAGCAUGAGUCAGUGUGCAACUUCAGACCCUACAACUGCCCAUAUGCUGGAUCAGAGUGCUCCCAUGUCGGGGAUAUCCCUUUCCUGGUUGCCCAUCUGAGAGAUGAUCACAAGGUAGAUAUGCAUUCAGGUUGCACAUUCAACCAUCGCUAUGUGAAGUCGAAUCCCCGGGAAGUAGAGAAUGCCACUUGGAUGCUUACAGUUUUCCAUUGCUUCGGCCAAUACUUUUGCCUACAUUUUGAAGCCUUCCAGCUGGGAAUGGCCCCUGUUUACAUGGCAUUUCUUCGGUUCAUGGGCGAUGAGAAUGAAGCUCGUAACUACAGCUAUAGCCUCGAGGUUGGAGGUAACGGCAGGAAACUCAUAUGGGAGGGCACCCCACGAAGCAUCCGGGAUAGCCACCGAAAGGUGAGAGAUAGCCAUGAUGGUCUUAUCAUCCAGCGAAAUAUGGCUCUUUUCUUCUCAGGCGGUGACAGGAAAGAGUUGAAGCUAAGGGUUACAGGCAGAAUAUGGAAAGAACAGCAGAAUCCUGAUACUGGGGUGUGCAUACCAAAUCUGUGUAGCUGAGACGAAUAUGAUUUUUUAAGGCAUUUUUACAGUUUGUGUUGAGGACACUGCUGUGUGUGUUGUAUACCACUGUGCGUAGCCUUUUUUUUUUAACGGGAACGAAACUUUUGAGGUUUGAAAGUCUUCAUAUUUAAUAAAUUGUAUAAUAAGCAGGCUUUCUUCCUUCAUCA